AUGGCCGACGACUGUUUUGCACCGGCGGUGGAGAUGGCGCUUUCUUAUGGAACCAAUCUGGGUGGGCUACCACGCGUUAUGGGAUUAUUCAACAAGUUGGGGGAGUUGCCGGCAUUUCAAAAGGGGGAUUGGAAGAUGCAAGGGGAUACACCCGAGGCUAUGAGAGACGCAUAUGGGCAAAAUUAUUGA